UUUACUUCUUCAUGCGCUUUUCUUUCCUUUUUUUACAAAACGUGUUCCAAUGAUCUUACGCGAAUGUGAGCCGCAGGGACUCCCCACACACGAGAGGCCAUUUCUGUAAUCUUAGGGAUCGGUAGUUAUUAGCGCGCGGACCACCCCCUCUCGGCAGAAUUUGAAGGGCUCCCACUUGAGGGACUACUUUUUAGGGAUAAACCAUUUUUGCUGUAGUUCACAGAUGUCGGUGACCUCCAGAACCGUUCCGCUGAGGGCCGAAUACAAUAAUGGGCUUUCCAACGCGCCUUUUCGUAACAGCGUUCCGAGUGGGCGCUUACAAACCAUCGAAUCUUCUCGCAUUCCCCAAGCAGAAUGGUAUGGCCCAGAGCCCGCCCCGUCGCCUCUGCGGUUGGCUCGCCUUCCUGGGCGAGACGUGAGACUCUCGGCCAAUGGUUGCUCACGUUCCUCCAGCCUGGGCUAAGCGAUGGAAGGAGGCGGUCGGCGAGACGCCCCCUGCGCGCGCUGGCAUUGGCUACGUCUCACGGCGCGCGAGGACGGCGGGCCCGAAAGAUGGGAACUACGACUCCCGGCUUCCUGCAAUGGGGGCUUCGUUGCGCUUGCGCAUAGGCGGGGCAGCCAGGCCGCUAUAUAAAAGGGGCGCAGAGGGCUGGGAGGCAGCAGUUGGAAGUUGGCAGGUGGAGAGGCAGGUUGGGAGGGGAAGUCGGGGGAGGAGGCGGAAGAGGCGCUGUCGGAGGGGGGAGGAGGGAGGGAGAGGAGGCGGAGGAGAGCUGAGCUGAGCUGAGCUGAGCAGAGCAUCGAGCCAAAGGGGAGAUGAGUUUGCCUGUCCUCGGCUGAGGCUCCGGCCGGGCCUAAGGAACUGGGAGCUCGGGUUGGAGCGACACCCGUGGAAGUGGGAGGAGGUGGCUCUGGGACUUUAACCCCUUGUGGGCUCUGCGACAGGGGAUUUAACCCUUUGUGGAUCCGGCCCCUCCGAGGCAGCGUCAUCGGGUAGUUUUAACCCCUUCGGGGCCGGGUAUAACCCGGACUUCGGCGCUUCAGCUCCUUGCCCACCAACUCCUCGGUCGUGGGGGGCGCUCUGUGGGGAGGUCUGAGGCCCACUCCCUCCGCACAUUACGUACUGUUCCUGCUGCUGCACCCCCUUGGACCCGCUAGCUGGCCGCGCUGUGGGCGCUUUAACCCCUUACUGACUUACGCUCCCCCAAGUUUGCAAUUGGAGUUUGCUGCUAGACGGACUGGCCGAAGGCGUCUCUGCGGGGAUUACAGACCGAAGAGGACUCCGUUGGACAUUUUGUAAAAGGGGGAACCCCUUUUUUUUGCGUGAGGACUUAACAGCCAACAUUUUUCAAACUUCGAGAAGAGGAUUCUGUUAACCAUGGCUGAGCCGCUCUUGUCAGAAUAUCAGCACCAGCCUCAAACUAGCAACUGUACAGGUGCUGUUGUCCGUGAGGAGCAGAACCCCGAGCGCCCCCCAGGCGCGGAGGAGCGGGUGCCAGAGGAGGACAGUAGGUGGCAAUCGAGAGCGUCGCCCCAGUCGAGUGGCUGUCCGGGGCCGGAGGGGGAAGGGAGCCUGGAGCCCCAGACAUCUCUCCUGCAGACCCAGGCUUGUGCAGAGCCAGAAUCGGGCGAGAAGGGCCAGAACGGGGACAACUCGUCCACGGGCGGGGCCCCUUCGCCGGUCGCGGGAGGAGACCCGAAGCCCGACGCCGAGCCGCCCGCACAACCUUGCCAUGACUCCGACGCCAAGAAGUUGGGGGCUGCUGCUGCAAGGAAUGAGGCGUGGAGACAGCAGCAGAGGCAGCUGGGCAAGAAAAAGCACCGCAGACGCUCCAAGAAGAAGCGGCACUGGAAGCCGUACUACAAGCUGACCUGGGAGGAGAAGAGAAAGUUCGAUGAGAAGCAGAGCCUGCGAGCUUCCAGGAUUCGAGCCGAGAUGUUCGCCAAGGGCCAGCCGGUCGCCCCCUACAACACCACGCAGUUCCUCAUGGAUGAUCACGACCAGGAGGAGCCCGAUCUCAAGACCGGCCUCUACCCCAAGCGGACCGCCGCCAAGUCCGACGACACCAGCGAGGAGGACUUUAUGGAAGAAGCGGGCGAGGAGGAUGGGGGCAGCGACGGCAUGGGGGGAGACGGCAGCGACUUCUUACAGCGGGACUUCUCGGAGACGUACGAGCGGUACCACGCGGAGAGCCUGCAGAACAUGAGCAAGCAGGAGCUCAUCAGGGAGUACCUGGAGCUGGAGAAGUGCCUCUCGCGCAUGGAGGAUGAGAACAACCGGCUGCGGCUAGAGAGCAAGCGGCUGGGCUGCGACGACGCGCGCGUGCGGGAGCUGGAGCUGGAGCUGGACCGGCUGCGCGCCGAGAACCUCCAGCUGCUGACGGAGAACGAACUGCACCGGCAGCAGGAGCGGGCGCCGCUGUCCAAGUUUGGAGAUUAGACUGAAACUUUUGGGGGGGAGGGGACAAAGGGGACUUUUUACAGUGAUGGAAUGUAACAUUAUAUACAAGUGUAUAUAAGACGUGGACCUUUUAUGACACAUAAUCAGAAGAAAAAAAUCCCCCCAGCUUUGGUUGGUUUGGUAAAUUUAGCUAUGAUGUAGUUUGCGUGCUUUCUCCUUUUCUUUAAUUAUGUGAAACUGAAGGGAUGCUUCUCGUUUUCCUUUUUAGAAGGUUUUUUUUAUAUGAAUGUAAUUUGACCAAGUUAAAAUGCAUUUUUCUGUUUAAAACCCUCAAACUAAGCUCUAAGGUGGUUAAAUCUGAGAACCAUUAAAUUCAUUCUAGCUGUAAUAAAUUUAAUAUUUGUAAAUGUAA